GCCAUUAGUGCGGGCUAUCGCGGAUAGGAAUCCUAUCCUACGACACCACAGGACGUACGCGACUCUAUCACUUGAUGUUCUAUCUCCCAAUUUUAGCGCGAUGCAUUGUAGAAGUUGGUUAUUGAUCGAUACUCAUGCAGCUGCCCUUCGCAGUCCAUCAUCCAUGAUCGUGUAUCCCAGUCUGAGAACCUUAGCCUUGACGCCCUUCAUAAGCGCCGCGGCACCUUAGCAGCCAUUGAAAGCACAAAGCAAACGCCUCUCGUUUACCCCACUGGGCUUACCCCUCACUUGACAAUUCGAUGUCUUUUGUCACGACCGGCAGGUAGCGCAAUGCUGUUGAUAUAAUCCUUCCAACACAGACCAGGGUCCACACAACAACAUCCGAAAGCUAUAAGUAAGAGGCAAAACCACCCGGUUCAAACCUCAAAAGGAAAGAACAAGCAUAUCCCCAACGGACAGAAGCUCACCGCUCCCUUCUCCUACUGCAGACUUCAAAUUUCUCAAAAGUCUCCCAGCAGUCCACCUGCACCCAGUAACCAUGCUGAACUUCGAACAAGAGCUCCGAAUACGCUUGGAUAAUUUCUUCCGUCAACAUACCGGAUUCUCCUCCUACGCUCAUUUCCUAUCCAUCCCGCCCAUCUUCCGCGAGGAAAUCUUCGACCAGCUCCUGACAACCGAUACCUUCCUCAUCAUGCCGGAUACAGAUGUCCGGGACGCUGUCCUCGGCGACGCCAUCCUCCUCUGCCAGAAAUAUAUCACGCGCGACAGUGCCGUCACAAAAGAAGCGCUAGAAACAUAUUACGAGAAGAACCACUUCCAGGUCUGGAAUGCCCCUUACCUGGCGGAGCUGCUGGUGUACAUGGACGAUCGACACUCCGAUCCGGACGAGGGAUUCGAUCCCAAGUUACACGUUCAGCAUCUGACUCUUGGGUUCGAGUGGGAUGUGCUAGUGGAGUUUGGGCUCGGGGAGGACGAUCCGGAAGCUACCAUCGAGGGUGUUUUGGGGAUGUUGGGUGAGUGUCCGCGGUUGAAGGAGGUUGCAUUUGAGAUUAAGGGCACACUGGAGGGAAUAUCGCGAUUGAGGAGAAUUUUCGAUGCGCAUGCGACGCAACUGCAGAAUCUUGAUGAACGGUUGCGGUUAAAUACUGACGAGGGCGAUAUUCCCGCUGGGCUAUUACUCUUGGAGAUUCCGUCCGAUCGACAGUUGCCCAGGAGGAUGGUCCCUCAUCCGUGGUGGGAUAUGGACAGGACGGAGGAGAUGGAGCUUUUUGAAGAGGAUUGGUGGGAGCGUUUGGAGCAUACGGAGAAGAUUCCAAUGGAGCUGUUGGAGUGAGGUUGCAUUAGGGCUGUUUUCUCUCUCUCUUUUGGUUACCAGGCUGGCGCUAUGAGGUGUUAUUUUUCCUAAUAUGGUUCGCG